AUGGCGGACGAACUGAGCCUGUUCCCGUACUGGAGGCGGUUGGAAAUCCGAAGUGAGUUGCAGAAAAACAGGAAGCGACAGGAGCUGGAGGAGAAGAUUGAGAGGAACAGGAGGGAACAUUACCGCAAGCUGUUCAGCGUCAGAGAAGAUGCUCGAAACUUUGAGGAGACGGCGCUCGAGGAGAUGGCGAGAAGGAAAGCGCGAGAGGAGCAGGAGAAGGCGAGGCUGCUUUCAUCCGAGGACUUCAACCCUCCGCUGAGAACUCAGAAGCAGGAAGAGAAAACGCAGGAGGAGGAAGAGAAAAAGGAGGAGGAGAAGGAGGACUACACCUUCACAGACGAGGAUGAAGAGGAGGGCGCGACUGGGUACGAUCAGGGUAGUUUCGAGAGCUCUGGAGGAGGGGACGAUUCGCGCGACCUUGAUGAAGGUUCUGAGAGAACUAGCGAAGUCUUUGAUCCAUCUGAACACUCGACGACGGCAGCGAGCAAGAUGACGGGGGAGAUAGAGGAGGAGGAGGAGGAGGAGGGAGGAGAAAUCGUGGAAUCUGUCAAGGACGGGACGUCUUCUGUAGAGGAGGAGCGAGAGGAGACAGAGGAGGAUGGAAGUCUGCGAGCACAGGAGGAGGAGGAGGAGUCUUUAGCAAGCAGCUCGAAGAACGACCAGCAGUACUCGGACGACGCGGAGGAAGAGCUGACGGAAAGGGAUGAUUACUCGCAAGGAAGUUUCGAGGAUACGGAAGAGGGAGCGAGGGAGGGCGCAAAGACUCCUGUGCCAGCAUCGGAGGAGGAGAGACAGGAGCGUGCUCGUGCUGAGACGUCCAAGGCAGACAGUGAGCGUGUGGGAGGAGGAGGAGGAGGAGGAGGAGGAGGAGGAGGAGGAGGAAGGAAAUUUGCUGAAGGUGUUGAGGAUGGGAGGGAGGAAGGGGAGGAGUGGGCAGGGAUGCGAGAGCGAGUCAGGCGCGAGCACGAGAGAGCCGCCGUGCUGGGCAAGUGUGGUGUAUGCGAGGAUGAGAAUUGUACGGAUCCCUCGCACAGAGAUCCAACGUCGAACCCCUUCUGGCAUGGAGGGGUGGCGCAGGCUACCUCUGCCAUCCAACAGGCCCUGAUGCGACAGGAGCAGCAAUUCAUCGGGAGCAAAGUCAUGCAGUAUGCUAAGCAAGCGCAGGAGUGGAAGAGCGAUCGCUGUCGCAGCACGUGGGGCAUUGGGACUCAAGCUGACCGAAUCGACUCAAGCUUUCAUCGAGAUGCAGAUCCUUUCAGGAUUCAAUUUCUCACUGACUUCACGGACUUGUAUGUCAAGAACAUAUCACCAGACAGCUCUUUGGAUGUUGUUGUUGAGAUAUUCUCCCUGGUCUCCUUGAGCUCGACGCAAAUCUUUGUGGGGAACGAGAUCUUCACUAGAAACAAGGAGCACGAGGGAGGGAAGGGAGGACGAGGAGAAGGAGGAAGAGGAGGAGGAGGUGAAGGGGGAGGGGGAGGAACGCAGCAUGAAAGCAUGCGGCACCUUGCCUCCUGCCAGCUGUUCCGUUGCAUUCAUGACGGCAACAUCGACGGCGUCCAGAAAUCGCUCCUCCAUGGCGGGGCAGACCCCAACGCUGUGAUCACCCUCCGCAACUUCCCUCGACUUUUCGGGAACCAGGACAGCGGGGAGAUGGACGGAGAGGAGUUUCAGGAGCACAGCUCUGCGAGAUGGCCAGCUGUCGGGUUCGAGGGGCGCGACGGGGAAAGCGCCCUGCAUCUGGGCAUGUUCAAGGAGGGCAGCACACAAGGUUCAGACUAG